UUUCAGGACAAAUCCCCUCUGAAAUUCAAUACCUAUCCAAGUUGUCUUAUCUUCAGCUGUCUUCUUCUUAUGAUGAUUAUAAUGAUUUAUAUACCGAAAGUCUGACAAGUUUAGUGCAAAAUUUAACCAACCUUGAAGAUCUUGCGUUUUAUGGUAUCAACAUAUCCUCUACUGUACCUGAAAGCCUGGCAAAUUUAUCUUCUUUAAAAGCUCUAGCUUUGGCUGACUGCGGACUGUAUGGGCGAUUCCCAACCAGAAUAUUUCAGUUACCACACCUAUGGGGCCUAUCUGUUUCAACCAAUGAAGAUCUCACAGGUCAUUUGCCCGAAUUUCACACAAACCCUCCUCUCAAGUAUUUAGAUCUUAGCAACACAAAUUUCUUUGGUCAUCUACCUGCUUCAAUUGGAAACCUUAAUUCCUUAACUACCUUCGAUAUUUCCAAUUGUAAUUUUUCAGGAACCAUCCCAAAUUUGUUCAGUAACCUUACCCAACUCACUUACCUAGACCUUUCACAAAACUCAUUCAACGAUUUGUCGUGGCUCACCAGAGCUAGUUCAAACGACAUUCUUCCACAGUUUGAAUAUUUAAGAUUGGCUCAUCUCAACUUAACCAAGUUCCCAGAUAUAUUACGAAACCAAAGUAAAUUGUGGUUCCUAAAUCUAGAAGGCAACAAUCUCCAAGGCUUGAUACCCAAAUGGAUGCAUAAUGUAAGUAAAGAAUCUCUUCGAGAUUUCAUCCUUUCUGACAACUUUCUCACUGGCAUUGAAAAUUCUCCAGCAAUUAUCCCAUGGCCAAAUCUAAAAUAUUUUUACCUUGAUAAUAACAUGAUGCAUGGAUCGCUCCCAAUUCCACCACAAUCCCUAAGGUUUUAUUUCGUCAGCAAUAAUUCAUUCACCGGAAGGAUUUCACCAUUUAUUUGCAAUAUGAGUUCACUUGCAGUGCUUGAUUUGUCCCAUAACAAUUUGAGUGGCUUGAUUCAUCCAUGUAUGGGCAACUUGAGUCAAUCUUUGAAAGCGCUAGUACUACGAAGCAACAACUUCGGCAACACCAUCCCAAAAAGAUGGGCAAAAGGAUGCAGCUUAAAGAUGAUUGACUUAAGUCAAAACCAGUUACAUGGUCAUUUGCCAAGAUCUUUGGCCAACUGUACUGAGCUUGAGUAUCUUCGUGUUAGCCGCAAUCAAAUCAAUGAUACCGAUCCCUUUUGGUUGGGAACUCUUCAACACUUGAAGAUUCUUGAUCUCCAUUCUAAUGGCUUCCACGGUGCAAUAAGGAGUCCGGAAACAAAUUACACAUUCCCCAAUUUGUGUAUCAUUGACCUCUCUCACAACCAUUUGUCUGGGAAUCUGCCUGCGAGAUAUUUCGCACAAUGGGAUGCCAUGAAGUCCGUUGGUGCAAACAAUUUACAAUACAUGGGUGACUGGGUCUACUAUUCAAUUAUAAUAACGAUAAAAGGUGUGGAGUUGGAGUAUAAGAAGAUCCAAGAUGGCCUCACAGUCAUAGAUUUCUCAUGCAAUAGAUUUGAAGGAGAUAUUCCUAAAAUACUUGGGAAUCUAGAAGGACUUCGUGUGCUGAACCUUUCCAAUAAUGCUUUCACUGGUCAUAUCCCAUCAUCCUUUGCGAACUUGACACAGCUAGAAUCAUUAGACCUUUCUCAAAACAAGUUGUUCGGAGAGAUACCUCUUGAAUUAGUCCAGCUUAAUUUCCUUUCAAAAUUUAAUGUGUCACAUAAUUGCCUCACUGGACCUAUACCACAGGGGCAACAGUUUGGAACAUUUCCAAAUACUUCAUUUGAUGAUAAUCGAGGACUGUGUGGAUGGCCAUUGUCUAAACUCUGUGGAGAUUCAGAAAUUUCAACACCUCCACCUUCAACCUUUGAAGAGAAUCAAGGUCCAAAAUUGUUCUUUGAAUUUGGUUGGAAAGUAGUUGUGAUGGGAUAUGGAUGUGGAUUCUUAUUUGGAGUUGUUAUCGGGCACAUUGUGACAACCAGAAAGCAAGAUUGGCUCAUCAAGAUUUUUGGCAAGAAGCAACACCAAACGCGAAUAGAGGUUGUUUAGAUGUUUGUGAGGAUGAUGUUAUUGUGCGUAGUCCAAGAGCUGUGGAUCAAGAAAAUGGAAGAAAUGAGGGUGAGAGUUCCGGACAGAGUUGUAUUUUACCACAGCAUGUAAUUUCUGAGCAUAAAAAAGUUAUGAGCAGUUCAGUACUAGCAGAGAUCGCUCUAUCUCUUUCGAUUUUGUUGGUGACGGGGACAGGGCAGAGGGACUCGAAGUGUACAAGUUUCUGGCGGCUAGUUUGCAUAUUUGCUUUAUCCAAAUCUACAAGUUUCUACUAGAUCUUCGUGCAUGGCUAUAAUAUCGACUUUGUUACGUACAUUAUAUAUAGAGUUUUGGUGCUUCUCUACACUCAAAUGAAGUUUAUAAGGUUUUUCCUCUCUAGGAGAAAUGAGAGAAUCAAGGCACUCAACUAAAUUUUGUAGAUCAGAAUUUUAACAAUGACAUUCUUUAAAAGGUUUUAUUUCUUUUCAAUGGCCCAAGAUCUGCUAACCUUAUUAAGUAGAAAUGAUGUUUUAUAUAUUAGAAUAAAUGUGUGAACGUAGUUGGCAAUGUUCAGAGUUAUUCUUUGGUGAAAGUUUUCAAAAUCAUGAUGGUGAAUGCAAUCAUUUCAGUUAGCAAGUAGCAAGAUGUGUAUGAUGCUAAACUGAAUUUCCAACUCGAUCUUACCCUCAUGAUCGAUCCUAAACUUCUAGUCAUGCUGUGUUCAGGAUUGAAACAGAGCAAGACAAAGGAGAUUUAGUUUGGCUCAUAUAUAUGCACUGUUAUUCAUCAUUUUUAUUUUAAGCAAAAUUUGGCGAUAAAACAUGGAUCUCCAUCAAAAUUUAAUCCAAGAAUAUGAGGUAUUGUGUAUGAAUUGG